GAAUCAAUUCAUCUCAUAAAUCCGCAAUGGAAAAUCUUUCUUCUUCAAUACGCCUUCUCUCAUUCACUAAAUUCAUUUUCGUCCUAAAGCCACCUUGAUGCAAAGCUGUUCUGGCCAUUCAAUAGACGGCCGCACUUGAGAACCAGUAUUAAACUAUAAAUCGUCAAGACUGGGUCGAAUUACCAAAACACACUCAAAGCUUUUGAACCACAAUUUACAAAAAUGUCCUCAGCAAUCCAAUUCCCUCCAACCUAUGUUUUUAGAUUUCUUCUUGGUGAUAGGGAAAUCAAAACAUUGGAAGAUGGGCUGGAUCAGUCGGGUUCUUUGCGAUAUACAAUCCAAGAAGCCGAAGUAGGACUUGCGAGAAUUCCUACAAAGACGAGAGUGGAAUUUGAGUUGAGGAAAUUGAAACUUGUGACGGUUGAUGUCACGAAUAUUGGGAAAGAGAUGGAAAGGUCAGAAGAAGUGGAUGUUGGAGUGAAGGGGGAGGUGGAGAGGAAGAGGAAAGCUGGAAGUGGAAAGAAGGAGCGAAGAAGUACCUCGAAUGAUAAUGGGAAUGAGGUUAUCGAGCUUAGUUCUGAUGAAGAUGAGACUGAAGAUGAGGAAGAUAAGAAAGAAAUGGCUAGGAAAAAGUUGAAGUCAGCUGAUGGGAAAAGUUCUCCUGCUCCUAUUGGGAGCAACUAUGGUCGAAGUAGUGUCAAAGUUCAGGGUGAAGCUGCAGAUAAUGUCAAUGUUUCAAACACUUUCAAAGUUCUGAAGAUUGAUUGGUACUUCGAUUCAAUCAGAGAAGGAAUGUUGCUUCCAAUAGACAAAUAUCUGAUAUACGAAGGACGACGAGUAGUGGAACCACCAAAGUUUCUCCUCUCGGAUCUCCUAACUCGCGCAGCUGCCGACUUAGGGGGUUCUCCCAACCCCAAAUACAGUCCCCAUUAUCGACAACAACAAUCAAGGAAACCACUCACCCGGCCCGCCUUCCUCACAGAAUCCACCUCCGAACACGACGACCCAUCAUAUUCCCCCCCUGUUCCAGAAUAUCUCAAAACAAUUUACUCUUGCGAAAGACCCACCCCCUUAACCUCUCCCAACGACCCCUUCAUCAACCAACUCAAAACCAUCAAGCUAAAACGUCUUCUAGACGGCGACCCCAUCGGUGUUCGCGCCUACAGCACAUCUAUCGCCUCCAUAGCAGCCUACCCAUACCCCCUCCACUCACCCAACGAACUCAUCCGUCUCCCAGGGUGCGAUCAAAAAAUUGCCAACCUCCUCCACCAAUUCCUCAACACAGGAACCACAGACGAAGUCUUCGAUUUCGAACAGAAUCCCCGCAUGCAAGUCUUGAAAACCUUCUACAACAUCUGGGGCGUAGCCGACAUCACCGCGCGCGAAUUCCACGACCAAAGAGAAUGGAAAGACCUCGACGACAUCGUCGUAGAAGGCUGGAACGAUCUGAAGCCGGUGCAGAAAAUCGGAGUCAAAUACUACGAGGAGCUCAAUACUCCGAUUCCCCGCUGCGAAACCGAAGCCAUCGGGUCGAUCAUCCUUUCCGAGGCGCGGAGAAUCGAUCCCGGGUUUCAGAUGGUGAUUGUGGGGGGAUAUCGGAGAGGAAAGCUGGAAAGCGGAGAUGUGGAUAUUAUGCUCACGCAUCGCGACGAGAAGCGCACGUUGGGAUUUCUCCCAGAAUUAACAUGGAGAUUGGAGGAACAGGGAUGGAUCACCAAUAUUCUGCUUGAAUCGAUGAAGAAUAGCGAGCGCGGACAGUGGGCUGUAGAGCUGGGCUGGAAGAAAGACAGUGCGCGGAAAACGGGGUUUGAUAGUUUGGAUAAGGCGUUGGUGGUUUGGCAGGAUAUUAAUUUUCGGAUUGAGGAAGAGGAAGGGGAGGGGAAAGAGAGGAAGAAACGCAAAAAUCCAAAUCCGCAUCGGAGGGUAGAUAUUAUUAUUACGCCGUGGAAGACGGCGGGCGCGGCGAUUAUUGGGUGGUCGGGUGGAACGACGUUUCAGAGGGAUUUGAGAAAGUAUUGUAAGGCGAAGAGAAACUGGAGGUUUGAUAGUAGUGGGAUUAGGGAGCGGGGGACGGGGGAAUGGGUUGAUUUAGAAGGGGGUGUGGAGGGGGAGGGGCCCGCGAAACGAGAUGCAGAGGGGGGUGGGAAGGAGAGCGGUAAUACGGAAGGGAGAAUGGAAAACGACAUGAUUGAAAUAUUGAGAAAGAAGGAAAUGGCUGUUUUCAAAGGUAUAGGAUUAGAAUGGAGAGAGCCAUGGGAGAGAUGUACUGGGUAAUGGGAUAUCCAAGGAUAAAUAUAUGUCGAUAAUUGAAGAGUACAAAUAUGUUAUUAUUAUCAUAACAAUCAAUCAUUUAUACAAAGCCA